AUGACCAAGGUUCUUCUCACAGGUGGUUCGGGCUUCAUUGCCGGCCACAUCCUCGAACAACUCCUCUCCAAAAACCACACCGUAAUCACCACCGUCCGCACCGAGGAAAAAGCCCAAAAGCUGCGCUCCGCCCACUCCUCCUCCUCCUCCUCAACCAACCUCACCGUCGCCAUCGUCCCGGACAUUGCCCUCCCGCACGCCUUCGACGCCGUCGUCGCAGAGCACGCCCAAGAUUUGGAAGUCGUCCUGCACACCGCCAGCCCGUUCCACUACCGCUGGACGGACGCCCAGCGGGAGCUCAUCGAGCCGGCGCUCAACGGCACGCGCGGCAUCCUCGAGGCCAUCCACCGCGACGCGCCGUCCGUGAAGAGGGUCGUCAUCACGUCUUCGUUUGCGGCGAUCCUGUCGGAGGAGAGGCUUCAUGAUCCACAGACGACCUUUACGGAAGACUCGUGGAACCCGGAUGGCGUCGAUGCCGUUGGGCGCUCGCCGCCUACGGCGUACCGCGUGAGCAAGACUGCCGCGGAGCGCCUCGCGUGGGACUUUGUCGCCCAGAAGAAGCCCUCGUUUGACCUCGUCACCGUGAAUCCACCCGUGGUCUUUGGCCCCGUGGCGCAUAGCCUCGCCUCGCUCGAGUCAAUCAACACCUCCAACGAGCGCAUCGUCGCCCUGCUCAAGGGCGAGUGGAAGACUCGCAUCGCGGAUACGGGGCCCGUCGGUCUGUGGAUCGACGUCCGUGACGCCGCGGCCGCGCACAUCAGGGCCUUUGAGAUCCCCGAAGCCGGAGGACAGCGCCUGUUUACCGUGGCGGGGAGGACGUCGAAUCGCGACGUGGCGAGGAUCGUGAGGGAGAAUUUCCCAGAGUAUGCGGAUCGGUUGCCCGGGCCUGAGGUUCCUGGCGGGGAGCCGGCGGAUGAGAAGAGCACUUUCAAGUAUGACAAUCAGAAGACGUACAAGUUGCUGGGGAUUGAGUGGAUUCCGAUUGAGAAGAGCAUCGUGGAUACCGUCAAGUCGCUGAAGGCUUAUGGGAUCUGA